ACCUGGGAGGGGGGCGCGGAGGGAUCUGUGGGAGAGGGUGCGGCCGCAAGGACUGGUGUCCCGGGACCGGGGCGCUUCAUUCGAGUGUUGGCAGGCCGUGGUCGUGCAGGGCCGCUGCGGCUCAGCUCAGACUUGGUGCAACCUCCUGUGCCCUCCCCAGGACCACACAGAGACAGAGGGAGCGCCCCGGCUCCCGGAGGAUAUCGCCUGGGCUUUUUUGGUUUGGGAUUUUUCUUUUAAUUCUCCUGCCUCGAGCCGGGAUCUAUGUUGCCCUGAGCGCUGGACGCGCCGGAGAGACGCGACUCUCGGGGGAGCCGGGCGGAAGGCAUGCAGCAGCUCCUGGUGACCGUCUUCUGCCUGUCGCUGCUGCCAGACUUUGCACGAGGUUUCCGAUGCUCGCAACCUACAGACGCCUGCCUAAACGGAGGGAAGUGUGAGGUUUACCCCAAUGGAACUGAGGUUUGCAUUUGCACUGGGGCCUCUGCUGGCGAGCGAUGCCAAGCCCCCAACCCCUGUCUCAGCUCCCCCUGCAAGAAUGCCGGCACCUGCCACGCCGUCCUCCGUGGGAACAUCGUGGACUAUACCUGCUCCUGCCGUCUGGGCUUCUCUGACCGCUUGUGCCUGACUCCCGAGGACAAUGUCUGCCUCAACAACCCCUGCCGCAAUGGCGGGUCGUGUGAUCUGAUCUCGUUGACCGAGUACAAGUGCCGUUGUCCCCCAGGCUGGUCAGGCAAGACGUGUCAGCAGUCCGACCCUUGUGCCUCCAACCCCUGUGCCAAUGGGGGUCAUUGCCUGCCAUUUGAGUCCAGCUUCGUCUGCAAGUGCCUGCCCGGCUUCCACGGGCAAAAUUGUAAGAUGGACAUCAAUGAGUGCAACCAGAAUGCCGCCAUCUGCAGGAACGGGGGCAGCUGCAUCAAUGAGAUCGGCUCAUACCACUGCCUGUGCAAGCCUGCCUACACCGGCCCGAACUGCGAAAACCUCUUCGUGCCUUGCAACCCCUCCCCCUGCCAGAACGGGGGCACCUGCCGCCAGACCGGAGACACCACCUAUGAGUGCACCUGCCUGCCAGGUUUUACCGGUCAGAACUGUGAAGACAACGUUGACGACUGCCCCGGGAACAACUGCAAGAAUGGAGGCACCUGCGUGGACGGGGUGAACACCUACAACUGCCGCUGCCCUCCAGAGUGGACUGGCCAGUACUGCACUGAAGACGUGGACGAGUGCCAGCUCAUGCCCAACGCCUGCCAGAACGGCGGCACCUGCCACAACACCCACGGCGGGUACAACUGCGUCUGCGUCAAUGGCUGGACCGGGGAAGACUGCAGUGAGAAUAUCGACGACUGUGCCAACGCCGCCUGCUUUGAAGGCGCCACGUGCCAUGACCGUGUGGCGUCGUUCUAUUGCGAGUGCCCGCACGGGCGGACAGGGCUGCUUUGCCACCUCAACGAUGCCUGCAUCAGCAACCCCUGUAACGAAGGCUCCAACUGUGACACCAACCCCGUCAACGGCAAGGCCAUCUGCACUUGCCCCUCGGGCUACAUGGGACCAGCCUGCAACCAGGACGUGAAUGAGUGCUCUCUGGGUGCCAACCCUUGUGAGCAUGCUGGCAAAUGCAUCAACACCCUGGGCUCGUUCCAGUGUCAGUGUCUGCAAGGCUACUCUGGCCCCCGCUGCGAGAUUGACGUCAACGAGUGCCUCUCCAACCCCUGCCAGAACGACGCGACCUGCCUGGACCAGAUCGGAGAGUUUCAGUGCAUAUGCAUGCCAGGCUACGAGGGCGUCUACUGCGAGAUCAACACAGACGAGUGUGCCAGCAGCCCCUGCCUCCACAACGGAGAAUGCAUUGAUAAAAUCAAUGAGUUUCACUGUCAGUGCCCCACCGGUUUCAACGGGCACCUGUGCCAGUUUGACAUGGACGAGUGCGCCAGCACCCCCUGUAAGAAUGGAGCCAAGUGUGUAGACGGACCCAAUGCCUACACCUGCGAGUGCACAGAAGGCUUCACCGGCACUCACUGCGAAGUGGACAUCAACGAGUGUGAGCCGGACCCGUGUCACUACGGCACAUGCAAGGACGGCAUCGCCACCUUCUCCUGCCUCUGCCAGCCCGGCUACACCGGCCACCGCUGUGAGACCAACAUCAACGAGUGUCAGAGCCAGCCCUGUAAAAAUGGGGGGACCUGCUACGACCGAAACAACGCUUACAACUGCAUGUGCCUCAAAGGAACCACAGGGCCCAACUGUGAGAUCAAUCUGGAUGACUGUGCCAGCAGCCCCUGUGACUAUGGCAAGUGCCUAGACAAGAUCAAUGGCUACGAGUGUGCCUGUGAGCCCGGGUACACAGGGAGCAUGUGUAACAUCAACAUAAACGAAUGUGCCGCCAACCCCUGCCAUAAUGGUGGCACCUGUAAGGACGGCAUCAACGGCUUCACCUGCGUGUGCCCCGAGGGCUACCACGAUCUCACGUGCCUGUCGGAAGUCAAUGAGUGCAACAGCAACCCCUGCAUCCACGGGAAAUGCAACGACGGGCUCAACGGCUACAAGUGUGACUGUGACCCCGGCUGGAGCGGAACUAACUGCGACAUUAACAACAACGAGUGUGAAUCCAACCCGUGCAUGAAUGGCGGCACCUGCAAAGACAUGACCAGCGGCUACGUCUGCACCUGCCGGGAGGGCUUCAGUGGGCCCAACUGUCAGAUGAACAUCAACGAGUGUGCAUCCAAUCCUUGCCUCAACCAAGGCACCUGCAUCGAUGAUGUCGCCGGUUAUAAAUGCAACUGCCUCCUGCCCUACACUGGCUUGACAUGUAAAGAGGUCCUGGCUCCCUGUGCCAACAGCCCAUGCAAAAAUGGUGGCGAGUGCAAAGAAUCAGAGGACUUUGAGAGCUUCUCCUGUAUAUGCCCCACAGGCUGGCAAGGGCAAACCUGCGAGAUAGACAUCAACGAAUGCGUGAAAAGCCCAUGCCGGAACGGGGCCAUCUGCCAGAACAACAAUGGGAGCUACCGGUGUAACUGCAAGGCUGGCUACACGGGCCGCAACUGCGAGACUGACAUAGAUGACUGCCAACCAAAUCCUUGCCACAAUGGCGGCUCCUGCUCCGAUGGUAUCAACAAUGCCUUCUGCCACUGCCUGGCGGGCUUUCGGGGCCCCCAGUGCGAGGAGGACAUCAACGAGUGCGCCAGCAACCCCUGCAAGAAUGGAGCCAACUGCACCGACUGCGUCAACAGCUAUACCUGCACCUGCCCCUCUGGCUUCAGUGGCAUCCAUUGUGAAAACAACACCCCUGACUGUACCGAGAGUUCCUGCUUCAACGGGGGGACCUGUGUCGACGGCAUCAACACCUUCACCUGCCUCUGCCCACCUGGCUUCACGGGCAGCUAUUGCCAGCACGACAUCAACGAGUGCGACUCCCGGCCGUGUCUGAACGGAGGCACCUGCCAGGACAGCUAUGGCACCUACAAGUGUACUUGUCCCCAGGGUUACACGGGCCUGAAUUGCCAGAACCUGGUACGCUGGUGUGACUCAUCUCCCUGCAAGAACGGUGGGAAGUGCUGGCAGACCAACAACCUGUACCGGUGUGAAUGCAACAGCGGUUGGACUGGGCUCUACUGCGACGUCCCUAGCGUUUCCUGCGAAGUAGCUGCCAAACAGCAAGGCAUCGACGUGACCAACCUGUGCCGUAACUCUGGUCUCUGCAUGGACACUGGCAACACCCACUACUGCCGCUGCCAGGCGGGCUACACGGGCAGCUACUGUGAGGAGCAGGUGGACGAGUGUUUGUCCAAUCCCUGUCAGAAUGGAGCCACCUGCACUGAUUACCUGGGAGGCUACUCGUGUGAGUGUGUCACCGGCUACCACGGGACAAACUGUUCAGAGGAGAUCAAUGAGUGCCUCUCCCACCCCUGUCAGAACGGAGGCACCUGUAUCGACCUCAUCAAUACCUACAAGUGCUCUUGUCCCCGGGGGACACAAGGCGUGCACUGUGAGAUCAACGUGGACGAUUGUCACCCCUUCACCGAUCCCAUCACCCGCGGGCCCAAGUGCUUCAACAACGGGAAGUGCGUCGACCAGGUUGGGGGAUACAGCUGCAACUGUCCCCCGGGCUUUGUGGGGGAACGUUGCGAGGGAGAUGUCAAUGAGUGCCUGUCCAAUCCCUGCGACCCCCGUGGGACCCAGAACUGUGUACAGCGUGUCAACGACUACAAGUGCGAGUGCCGGCAGGGCUACACAGGACGCCGCUGUGAUGUUGUCGUCGACGGCUGCAAGGGCAAACCCUGUAAGAACGGCGGCACCUGUGCUGUGGCUACCAACACCGGACGGGGCUUCAUCUGCAACUGCCCCCCGGGCUUCGAGGGUGCCACGUGUGAGAACGACGCACGCACCUGCGGCAGCCUGCACUGCCAGAACGGGGGCACCUGCGUCUCCGGCCACAAGAGCUCCAAGUGCCUGUGCCUGCCUCCCUACACGGGCCCGGAGUGCCAGUACCCCGUCAGUAGCCCCUGCCUCUCCAACCCCUGCUACAACCAGGGCACCUGCGAGUUCACCCCAGAGGCCCCUUUCUACCGGUGCCACUGCCCCGCCAAGUUCAACGGGCUCUACUGCCACAUCCUGGACUACAGCUUCGUGGGCGGCGUCGGGCGGGACAUCAUCCCGCCCCUGAUCGAGGAGAACUGCGAGAUCCCCGAGUGCAAGAAGGACACGGGCAACAAGAUCUGCAACGGGAAGUGCAAUAACCACGCCUGCGGCUGGGACGGGGGUGACUGCUCCCUCAACUUCAAUGACCCGUGGAAGAACUGCACCCAGUCCCUGCAGUGCUGGAAGUACUUCAACGACGGCAACUGCGACUCCCAGUGCAACAACGCCGGCUGCCUCUUCGAUGGCUUCGACUGCCAGAAAGUGGAAGUCCAGUGCAACCCCCUGUACGACCAGUACUGCAAAGACCACUUUCGGGACGGCCACUGCGACCAGGGCUGUAACAAUGCCGAGUGUGAGUGGGACGGCCUGGACUGCGCAGAGAACAUGCCGGAGAAGUUGGCCGACGGCACCCUGGUGGUCGUGGUGCUCACACCGCCGGAGAACCUGAAGAAUAACUCCUUCAACUUCCUGCGGGAGCUCAGCCGGGUGCUACACACCAACGUGGUCUUCAAGAUUGAUGACGAGGGCGAGUCUAUGAUCUACCCCUACUACGGCAACGAGGAGGAGCUAAAGAAACACCUCAUCAAGAGAUCGACCAAGGGUUGGGGCGACGGGUCCGGCCCCGACUUCAACCGAGCGAAGACCUCGCCCAGAGGGAAGACCUCCCUCUACUCCGAGGUUACGGGCAGACAGCGGAGAGAGCUGGACCAGAUGGACAUCCGAGGAUCAAUUGUGUUUCUGGAAAUCGACAAUCGCCAGUGUAUCCAGUCAUCCUCGCAGUGCUUCCAGAGCGCGACAGAUGUGGCGGCUUUCCUGGGUGCCCUGGCCUCCAUGGGGAACCUCAACAUUCCAUACAAAAUCGAAGCCGUCCAGAGUGAGACGGUGGAAUCUACCAAGAGCUCCCAGUUGCACCUUAUGUACGUGGUGGGGGCCCCUCUGGUGAUACUGGUCUUGGUCAUGGUUGGGGUGGUGAUGUCUCGGAAGCGACGCCGAGAGCACGGCCAGCUGUGGUUCCCGGAAGGCUUCAAGGUGACCGAGUCGAGCAAGAAGAAGCGCCGAGAACCGCUGGGCGAGGAUUCGGUCGGGCUGAAACCGCUGAAGAAUGCCUCGGAGGGAGCCCUGAUGGAUGACAACCAGAACGAAUGGGGAGACGAUGACCUGGAGACGAAGAAAUUCAGGUUCGAAGAACAAGCCAUGCUGCCCGAAGUGGAUGACCAGGCAGACCACCGGCAAUGGACGCAGCAGCACUUGGACGCCGCCGACCUCCGCAUCUCUUCCAUGGCCCCCACUCCGCCUCAGGGCGAGAUUGAUGCGGAUUCUAUGGACGUCAAUGUGAGAGGCCCCGAUGGAUUCACCCCUCUGAUGAUAGCUUCGUGCAGCGGUGGGGGCCUGGAGACGGGCAACAGCGAAGAGGAGGAAGAUGCCCCCGCCGUCAUCUCAGACUUCAUCUACCAAGGUGCCAGCCUGCACAACCAGACGGACCGCACCGGGGAGACGGCCUUGCACCUGGCCGCCAGGUACUCCCGCUCGGAUGCGGCCAAGCGCCUGCUGGAGGCCAGCGCGGACGCGAACAUCCAGGACAACAUGGGCCGGACCCCUCUUCACGCGGCUGUCUCUGCAGAUGCUCAAGGAGUAUUCCAGAUUCUCAUCCGGAACAGAGCCACAGACCUGGAUGCCCGCAUGCAUGACGGCACAACCCCGCUGAUCCUAGCUGCCCGCCUGGCCGUGGAGGGCAUGUUGGAGGACCUGAUCAACUGCCACGCCGACGUCAACGCGGUCGAUGACCUAGGCAAAUCGGCGCUGCAUUGGGCUGCCGCCGUCAAUAACGUAGAUGCUGCGAUCGUGCUGCUGAAAAAUGGGGCCAAUAAGGACAUGCAGAACAACAAGGAGGAGACGCCGCUCUUCCUGGCGGCCAGAGAAGGGAGCUACGAGACGGCCAAGGUGUUGCUGGAUCACUUCGCCAACCGGGACAUCACUGACCACAUGGACCGGCUGCCCCGGGACAUCGCCCAGGAGCGCAUGCACCACGACAUCGUGCGGCUGCUGGACGAAUACAACUUGGUGCGCAGCCCCCCGCUGCACAACGGACCUCUGGGGGCUCCCACCCUGUCCCCUCCGCUCUGCUCCCCCAACAGCUACAUGGGCAACCUGAAGCCCGCCGCGCAGGGGAAGAAAACCCGGAAGCCCAGCACCAAGGGCCCCGGCUGCGCGGGCAAGGACCCCAAAGACAUCAAGGCCCGGAGGAAGAAGUCGCAGGACGGCAAGGGCUGCCUGCUGGACAGCUCUGGCGUGCUCUCUCCCGUCGACUCACUCGAGUCGCCCCGCGGGUACCUGUCGGACGUGGCCUCCCCGCCCCUGAUGGCCUCCCCGUUCCAACAGUCGCCGUCCGUGCCCCUGAACCACAUGCCGGGCAUGCCCGACACCCACCUGAGCCUCAGCCACCUGAACCUGGCCGGGAAGCAGGAGAUGGCAGCGGCGCUGGGUGGCGCCAACCGCCUGGCCUUCGACGCCGCGCCGCCGCGCCUGUCGCACCUCCCCGUCUCCGGCCCCGGCGCGGCCCUGGGCGGGGGCUCCGUGAAUUUCCCCGUGGGCGGGGCGGCCCCCCUGGCCGGGCAGUGCGAGUGGCUGUCCAGGCUGCAGAACGGGAUGGUCCCCAAUCAGUAUAACCCGAUGAGGGGCAACGUCCAGGCCGGGGCCCACCAGCCCGCCGCCCCGGCCCUCCAGCACGGCCUGAUGGCCCCGCUCCACGGCGGCCUGGCCGCCGCCGCCACCACCACCACCCUGUCUCAGAUGAUGAGCUACCAAGGCCUGCCCAAUACGCGGCUGACCGCCCAGCCGCACCUGAUGCAGGCGCAGCAGAUGCAGCAGAUGCAGCAACAGCAGAACCUGCAGCAGCAGCUCCAGCAGCAGAACAUGCAGCAGCCGCAGCAGCAACAGCAGCACCUCAGUGCUACCCCCGGUGCAAGCAGCCACAUGGGUCAGAAUUUCCUCAGUAACGAGCUGAGCCAGUCAGACGUGCAGCAGCUGGGCGGCGCCACCAUGGCCGUUCACCCCAUCUUGCCUCAGGAGACCCAGAUCCUGCCGACGCCCCUGCCGUCUUCCCUCGCCCAGCCCCUCACCACGACCCAGUUCCUAACCCCGCCGUCUCAGCACAGCUACUCCUCACCCUUGGACAACACUCCCAAUCACCAACUGCAGGUUCCGGACCACCCUUUCUUGACCCCGUCCCCAGAGUCGCCAGACCAGUGGUCAAGCUCCUCCCCUCACUCUAACAUCUCUGAUUGGUCGGAGGGCAUCUCGAGCCCACCCACGAGUAUGCAGUCUCAAAUAGCACACGUUCCGGACGCGUUCAAGUAAACCCUGGAGCGAUGGAACUUAGCCUUUCUUUUUCCGAACAACACGAGAGGAAGGGGUUUUAGCACUCUUGGGGAUGCUGGGGUUUUGACCGAAGGAUUCUUCUUUUUUUUUUUUUUUCUCCUACCUUUUUUAUACAAAGUAAGAAGACAGAAAAUUGUAAUUGUUUUUUAGUAUUUAUUUAUGUACUUUUAUUUUACAUGAAAACACUGCCUUUUUUAUUUAUAUGUUUUAUCGUUUAGGACUUGAGAAGAUAGCUUCGAUUCAGUUCUGGUCUAAGAAAGUUAUACCUGUAAGUCUGUAGAGGAAAUGAUUUUUGCUUCAUUAAUAUGAUUCUUUUUUUGUGCAUGUAAAGUAUAAGCAAAGAUUCGUGAUUAUAAAAUGCCUGUUAUUUAUUGAUUUCCUUUGAAAACCCAGAAACAUUAAGGGUAUGUCAGGGGAUUUGAGGGGGGUGGGGGGGGCGGGGGAUUGCGAAGUGAAAGGGAAUACUUAAAUCAGCAUUGCAGAUAAGUUAAUAAAAUCUGUGGGCCUGCAAAGGUUUUCAAUAGAUGCAGAGUAAAGCAGGGCCACUACCUGUCUCUUCCUUCUACUCCUGAUGCUAUCUACAGCUUUUGGCAGAUUGAAGAUAACCAUCUACUGGGCAGAGACUCCGGUGUUCAUCCGAGAUCCCACAUCCCUGUGAGAACUAACUGAUUCCGUCAUAAGAGGAAAUGGAAGUGCGAUCACUUCUUUGAUCUGGGACGUGUGGGUCUGUACUCAUCUGCAAGGUUGGCUUAAUGAUUACAUUUGAGGUGCCACCCAAAAAUGAUGUUUUUUGAGUUUCAAUAGAAAAUGAUUGUUGAAAUGUUCUCUCGGGCAUCUUGAGGGCACACAUUUUACAACAUGGAUCAUGAAUCUUUGUUUAAAGUUUCAGUAUUAUAGAGUUGUACAUUGGUCUUGAGCUUAUUUCUUUCAAUGUUUUAUCUUUUAGUAUUUAAACACUGUCUAGUAUCAAUUUCAGACUGCAGAGCUGUACUAGCAGGGGCCAAGCCCAAAUCAUCCACACCCUGAGAUGCUACAAGAACAAUUGGGAGGAAUUCCAGUAAUAUUUGGGGGAAAGGAAAAGAGGGAAGAGGGAGUGUAUGGCCUCGUCAAUGCAGGAGAAGAGACGUCAUUCCACCAUGAAUGUUUAUUCCAGACUGAAUAAUGGAGACCCUUGAUUUGGACCUUGGAAUCAUGUCCUUAUUUUUGGGAUAGCAGCUCUUAUCUUUUAUCUUUUUUUAUUAUUAUUAUUAUUUUGGUUUGUUUUAACAGGAGGUGUGCCAGACCAGUCGUAACACCCUAAAUAAAGGCUAUAACAGAACAUUACACCUGCCCAGGCUGUGUUAUUUUGGUUUCUCCCAGAUACCCUUUUCCCGUUUGGGAUCUUGACCUUUGAAUCGCAAUUCUAAGCUGAUUCAAGUUUUGAGUGUGAAUCGUCUCUUUUCGUAAAAAGGGAUUUUAAGAGCCCUAAUGGAAGUCACAAACCAAGGACCGGGCAGCUGAGUCUUUUGUUUCUUUCUACUUUAAGUGUCGACAUGAUGAUCUUCCUUGUUUCAAGGGCUGGGUCUUUGAGAAGGUCAGCAUCCUUGAAAGUUGGAGGGAAAAGCAAAUGUAAUACAGUAUAAGCCUGUGGCAGAUUUAAUGUUUGUAAAUAAAUCUUAAGAGGUGGAUUUUGUUUCAAAAAUCUAAAUGAGCAAGUCUUAAGCAUAUCAUGGUGAUUAGAGAUGUCAGAAUAUUGUUGUCAAACACAGUUUCGUCGACAGAGGAAGAAUGUAUUGGUUGAACAUAUGCAGAAUUAAAUUUGUUCAUUGAGGGCAUAGGAAAAAGAUGAGAGGAGACAAUUCUCCCUCCCCAGUGAAUUGCCAAAUAAGCAGUCCGGUCUGUCCCCUGAUCUUUCGGAAUGGGGUUCCCAAAGCAUCUUCCAGUUCCAAUAUUUUGACAUCGCUAAUGUCCAUGAGUAGACAUUUAUGGUGUUGAUUCUUUCUAUGUUUUAUAAACUAGAGUGUAGUUUACAAAAAAAAAAACUUCUGUUAUAAAGUUAUCUUCCUGCAAAGUUGUAGUUUGCAAAAAUGAUGUAUUUUUUUCGGUUAACUGAUUUGCAAUAAAUGAUGCCCACCAGCAUCUAGAUUUUACUAAAAC